AUGGCUACGGCAGUUGACCAAAAACUGCUUCGGCAGACCAAGUUUCCUCCCGAAUUCAAUCAGAAGGUCGACAUGAAGAAGGUCAACGUCGAGGUCAUGAAAAAAUGGAUUGCAGGCAAGAUCUCUGAAAUACUUGGCUCCGAGGAUGACGUUGUUAUCGAGCUUUGCUUCAACUUGCUCGAGGGUUCGCGUUUCCCCGAUAUCAAAGCGCUCCAAAUCUCGCUCACCGGAUUUCUUGACAAGGAUACACCCAAGUUCUGCAAGGAACUGUGGAACUUGUGCCUGAGUGCGCAGUCGAACGCGCAGGGAGUCCCGAAGGAGUUACUCGAAGCCAAGAAGCUGGAGCUGAUACAAGAAAAGCGGCCGUGGAGGCUAAAAACAAAAGGGACCACGAACAAGCUCAAGAGCGGGAUAUUGAUUCGGUUCGACAGCGUGAGCGGGCCGAGCGCGGUCGUGGUCGCCGUGGUGCUGGCGGACGAGGUGGACGAGGAUUUGACACGCGACCUCCGAGAUACUCGCGGUCUCCCCCACGUCGCAGAAGAUCUCCAUAUAGAGGCCCUCCGUCCCGCAGGGAGGCCGACAUUUAUGUUCCUGGGAAUCGAGGUCUCCCUCUCGUUCCCUGUCUCGCUCACCUUCCUCACCACAUUCUCGUCGUGCUGGCCGAUCUGCGUCCAAGUCAAGCUCGAGAUCCAGAACCAGAACCAGGUCCAGGUCCAGGUCGAAGUCGGCACCAUACUCACGGAGCCCUUCACCAGCACCCAGAAGAGAACGCAAUUCAAGGAGCAAGAGUCGGACCAAGUCACCCCCGCGGAGGGGCUCCGGCAGGUUGAGAAGACCUUCGGAAAGACGACGGCGUCGAAGCCGUUCAGCUUCAAGCCCCAGUCGAAGUCCGAGCCCCAAACGGCGGCGAUACCGCCGAGAACGCUCCUAUUCAUCGUCCCGGUCAAGGUCAAGAUCACGAGACAGACGGAGGAAUUACAGAAAGGGCGAGCUGAUAUUCUCAAGGGUCGCAAUGCACGCGAUGUCCGCCGUUUGAGCCGCAGCCCCGACGAGUAUGAUUCUCGGCGAAGAGGCAGUCGGAGCCGAAGCAGAAGUCGACGCCCGCACCAUAAACGAAGGCUAUCACUACAGAGAUACGAGCCUGCUGCGCGCAGGCGACGCAAUACUUCGUCGGAUGAGUCCUCGCCAGAGGCGAAACGGCGGAAACGUGACGCUUCAGACGAUGAAGUGAUGAGGGAUACACCUGGUAAGCAAAGUGUGGAUAGACAUGGCGAUGGUGACUCGGAGUAA